GGCGUGCGCCCGGGGGCGGGGGCGGCCGCGGGCCGCGGCUGGGCUCGGGUGGGCGGCGGCGGCGUAGGAGGACGGCGAGGAGGAGGUCUAUGUCGCGGGCGGCGGCCGAGGGACGAUGCGCGAGUACAAAGUGGUGGUGCUGGGCUCGGGCGGGGUCGGCAAGUCCGCCCUGACCGUGCAGUUCGUGACGGGCACGUUCAUCGAGAAAUACGACCCCACCAUCGAGGACUUCUACCGCAAGGAGAUCGAGGUGGACUCGUCACCGUCCGUGCUGGAGAUCCUCGACACGGCGGGCACCGAGCAGUUCGCGUCCAUGCGGGACCUGUACAUCAAGAACGGCCAGGGCUUCAUCCUCGUCUACAGCCUGGUCAACCAGCAGAGCUUCCAGGACAUCAAGCCCAUGCGCGACCAGAUCAUCCGCGUGAAGCGGUAUGAGAAGGUGCCCGUCAUCUUGGUGGGGAACAAGGUGGACCUGGAGAGCGAGCGGGAAGUGUCCUCCAACGAAGGCCGGGCCCUGGCCGAGGAGUGGGGCUGCCCCUUCAUGGAGACGUCCGCCAAGAGUAAGACCAUGGUGGACGAACUCUUUGCCGAAAUCGUGCGGCAAAUGAACUACGCGGCGCAGCCCGACAAGGACGACCCGUGCUGCUCGGCGUGUAACAUCCAAUAGCAGCAGACGGGGCGGCCCAGGACGGGAUCUGCUCCAGACUGGAGGCGGACUGGGACCCCCGCGGUGAAGCCGAAGCCCCCCUCACCCCCACCCCCCCAGGCCCGUCGAGCAGUGAUUGCCAGUCGCUCACGCCAAGUGAUGGGGGGGUGUUCAGCCACUCCAGUCUUCACCAGCGUCCCCAGUCUCCUUUCUGCACCUGCAACUUGAAGGCACAGCCAAUGGAUCUACAGGGUGACCCAUCUCCGUCGAGAGCCAUGCGGGGCACUGUCGCUGCGUUGGCAGGAGCCAACGUUUGGAACAAAAGGAAAACGUCGUCGCGAGCGUGAAGCCGGAAGGAGUCCUCUGACCACUUACAAGUAAAAUAUUUUUUUCUUCUUCUUCUUCUUUAAAAAAAAAAGAUAAAUAAAUAAUAAGUAAAAAAGGAGAAAUAUUUUCCUACGAGAGAGUACUGAGUUUCCCGGACUCGACCUAGUGCUUCAUAACCAAGGUGUUUCUUCAAGCUAAGAACCUGAUAGCUGGCCUGCUGGCUGAAUUCCAGGGAGAGAUUCUUCGCUCAGCUGACCCCUUCCUUGUUGGGUUUUGUUUUGUUUUAUUUUAUUUUAAUUUUUUUCUCGUUUCGUUUUCCAAAUUGUAGACCAUUCCUCCUUGUUUUUUUUUUGGGGGGGGGGGACUCAGAAUUAACUCCUGCCUCAGUUUCCCCAGAGAGCAGAAGGCCCGCCGCAUCCCAGGAACAUGUGGCCCAGCACGCAGAGGUGGCUCCAGCCCUUGCUGGCCACUCGGGGGCUGGGGGCCACCCAAGGAGAAGCCCAGGCCCACCCCUUUAUCAACCGAGCAGGGUCUGGCUCGCUCUCUGCAAGGAGGAGGAAGCCGCCGGGACGGAGAGGGGGUGCGGAGCCUUAGUCACACGCCCGUCCUCAUCGGGGGGACACGCACCGCCGUGUAAGGGAACAGAAGCCAUUGCCAGCCACGACCCCGCCUGCGUACACCUCACUGGACAGGACAGAUGCCUGGUGUUUCUUGCGUUUGUUAAAGCCGCCAAUUCCUUCUUGCCUGUAAGGGCUAGGGUUGUGGUGUGAUUCUUGGCUUAAUCUGCUUUCAAAAUCAAGUUUACUGCAGCAGAGCUUAAAUUGCAGGCUUUGUUUUUUUAAAACAAUUUUUUUUUUUUGAAUAGCCAUGUGAAAUCAUUUGGGUUUCAGAGUAGACCAUAAAUUAAAGAGUGGAAGGUAAGGGACAAAAAAAGAAAAAGAAAAAACAACAAACCCAACAACCAACCUUUUGUAUUUCAUUUUUCUGGAGAAUUCUAUGACUUUUUUUUUUCUCUUCUACCAAUUUUGCCCUGAUUACUGAAGUGGCAAAUAAAGCUAGAGUGAAUAUUUUGGUUUUGAAUAAGGUGCUCCAAGCUCUGACAUUUUUGGGUUUUCAUAGCCGCCGUGAAGUAUUUAUCAUUUGCAUGACUAAUGGCACAGGAAGAAAAAAAAAACAAAAAAACAAA